AUGGGGUUUCACGCCCAGCCUAAAUACCCUUCCAUGGAGAGACAGGACCUCACCCAGGGUCAGCUUGGAAGCUUCAAGUUCACCCCAGUCGACGUUCAGACCAAUACCCGUGGCGACACUCCCCUCUUUCUGCAAGCUCAGUCUCUUCUUAGAGCCCGCGUUGGUGAACAGGGAGGUUUUGAGUUCAUCACCGAGGACUACCAGAACAAUUUUGCAUCGCUUGCAUCACAGCAAUCGCUCGGCGGAACAGUCCAGAACUUCUCCCCUCGCCUCAGCCCAGGUUUUUCUUCUGCUACCACUUGUCGACCUGCUACUCCUCCUUCGGAUCCCGGUUACUUCAAUAGACAUAUCAAGCCCGACCUUGAGGACUCGCGCCUGAAACUCGGUCCAGCUGCCUUCAGAUCCGCUGUCAACGGCAACAGUCCUGAGAAGAACUUCAGUCAGUCUCGACCUCGAGCUGAGGUAGGUCACCUAGCCUCCGGACUUCACUUGUCCCCAUUCAGAGAGCUCUACUUAUCAUUGCGUCUUCCACAGUCAAACCUGACAAGCUUCUACCUUCCAUCCGUUCCGCAACAACCCUUCUGGACCAUGGACCCUACCGUCCAAGCCUUCGAGCCCUCCUCCGAGGCUACUGUACCUACCAUUGCCCUUGACUACUCCACAAUUGUUCGCUGUCUCGUCUCCGAACAGGAGUCCCACGAGAGAGUGCAAAAGAGCCUUGAGCAAGCCCAGCUUCACAUCAAGAAGUUGGAAGGCCAGCUUGAGAAGGCCAAGGCCAGAGAGAUUGAAUUGACUCUCACUCUCAAGUCUCUAAACGGCAUCAUCGACCGCCUCGAGAGUCGGCUUGAUGUCAUCGGUGAGAAGUCUGCAGAGCCUACCACUGGCGGCGAUAACAAUGGAGAGGGGGACAUCAUGACCGAGCGCCAAGACAAGAACACUGCGGCCUUGCCUAUCACAACCAGCCUGACUGACGACUCCGCCCAGUCGAUCACUACUGGAAAGACUGUCUCGGAGGCUGAGGCCGACUCUUCGGUCGAUAGCAGCUCUAUGAUCAAGCAGCUCACCCCUAACGUCGAUCACAACGACGCCUUCAACCUUGACCUCCUCCUGAAGCACAAGCGUGGCACUAUCCCCAAAUGGCAGACUAGAGCUCUGCGCAAGCACUUCGAUAUCGACAGUAUCUCUGAAGACUCAGUUGACAAGUCUGCCGAAGAGUCCUUCAACCCCGACGAGUUGGUAGGCAUCAGUCCCCCCAAGGCCAGUGGCAUUCGUGAUCGCACCAACGACGUCGACAUGGCUACCACCACCAAAGCUACUCCAACCAAGAAGGAGCAAGUUACCACUCCUAUCCAAGGCAUAUCCAACGAUGACAAUAAGACUGCGACUCCUACCAAGUACUCGCCUGCCAAGCUCUAUCCUGAGUCCUUCUUGUCAAAGUAUCAGAAAGCUAAAAAACAGCCAGCUACUCUUGAUUCUGCUGAUGAGACUCCGUUCAAAACCGAGUUCCUCCGUAACAACAUCGGUAAGCCAUCUCUUUCCUCCGUCGCGACCAUGCAUAGCCUCAAUGCCCGCGCUCCGAAAGUCGUCGAUCCCACUGCACCCUACGAGCUCUCUAUCAAAUGGCAAAUCAACAAAGAGAGUCCACUCUACGAGGAGGAAGAGAUUGACAGAGCUAUCAAAUGGCAGCCUGCUGAUGCCCGCUAUGGUAUCUUUUGGAAACAUCCUGUUCGAUAUCUCGACCACAGCAGCAAGAACCUCUUCCGGACUGUCAUGAUCGACUACAUUCCCAAGACUGCGACCUACAACGAUGUCCUUGGCCAGAUCUCUGGCGGUUCUCUCGAGAAGAUUGAGAUGGUUCCAGCCAUCGGUAAUGUGACGGAUUACCAAACUGCUCGUGUCGUUUUCAACUUCGAGAUCGGCGCUAGCACUACGGCCAACUUUGCUCGCGACCACGGCAUGAAGAUCAAAGACCAGCCCCUCCGUGUUUGGCAAGUUCUGACACAGACUUAUCCCAAGAAUAUGGCUCUAGACCGCGAUAUCUUUGACAACGGGUUCACUCGAAUCCUGCUCAUCAACAAUGCCAGCCAAGAAGCCCUUGCCAUGAUCCCGACCAAGCUUCAACACUUUCAGCGAUCAAUCGUCGACUUUGGAGAAACCUUCGACAGAUAUCCAAUGGUCGAGUUCACCAGCGUGGCCGUAGCCAUUCAAGCAAUGGAAGUCCUCGUUGCCGACCCAAACUUCUCGGGUGCAGAAUUCGACUUCGACGAGGAUCCCUGUGGUGAGCCAUAUCCGUUCGCGCAUUGA